UUGUUUGUAGCGCACUUCACAGCAUACCAAUUUUUAUCGGCGCUUUAAAUACAGCUCUCCAGCUCAGAUGAACGUGUUAGUGUUUUUAUUCAUGAGGGUAGUAAGGGUGCUCCCGGUCAGUUUACAUUUGCUGAGAAGUGAACGUCUUUUCGUUUUACUACUGCUUCACUGUAUAGCAGUGAAAUUUUCACCAGCUCUGGGAAUCGAGAUGUCUUCCAAAGUGCAAAUUACUCCGAUUGGACCUCAACUUGACCUUGGCGAAGGCCCACAUUGGGAGGCUAAAACCAAAACACUGUACUAUGUCGACGCGUUUGCAGCGACAGUUCAUCGACACGUCCCUCACACAAAUGAACACAGCCACUGCAAAUUUAAAGGUAAUACGGUAUCCUUCGUGAUUCCUGUCGAGGGAAAGGAGGAGAGCGAAUUCGUGAUCGGACUCGAACGGGAAAUUGUGCACGUGAUUUGGGAUCUGAAAAGCGACAAACCGACGGCAACGCGGGUUCUGUCUGCCGCCGAGGAAGAUCGUGGCGGCAAUCGGGUGAACGAUGGAAAAGUUGAUCCUGCUGGUUGCUUAUGGACAGGAACUUUGAUGCCGGGUCAAGGGCUGGACGAUGCCCCAUUUACGUCUCAUCUUUACAGCUUUGACAAAGGAUCGAGUCCAAAAAAACAUCUCUCAGGAAUCGCUGUCUCUAACGGACUUGCUUGGAGCUUAGACCACAAGACACUUUUUUACAUCGACUCGCUGAAAUACAAAGUCCAAGGCUUUGAUUAUGACAUUACAAACGGAACCAUCAAUAAUGAAAGGACCGUUUUUGAUUUAAAAAAGAAUAACGUGGAGGGAAUUCCUGAUGGUAUGACAAUCGACAGUGAAGGUAAACUAUGGGUCGCUGUCUACACCGGUGGAAAGGUUAUCCGCAUUGAUCCUGACACGGGCAAAUUACUGUACAUAUUACCGAUCCCGAGUUGGGAGGUAACAUCAGUGGUUUUUGGAGGUCCGAAUCUGGACGAACUUUACGUCACGAGUGCAAACAAGACAAAAGAUUACCCAAAAGACAAGUUUCCUCAACCUGGACAAACUUUCAAAGUUACCAACCUCGGCGUAAGAGGCACAUCAAGUCGUUCGAUCAAACUUCAAUGAUACGACUCUAUUGUUGGAAAACAGGAGCUUCUCGUUGGGAAGCCAAAAUAAGUUUACAAGAAGGAACAAAUUAAUGAAAAAAAUCUCCUUAAAUUACCACGUAGGGAACAAAACCUUUGAACCUCUAGAUCAACCAGUUACUUAAUGUGGCAGGUGCUUGCAAACUAUCACUGCUUCAAGUUGCAAGUUACUCUCGAGGAGUUGAAAGGUAUUAGUUUUCAAAAUUCUUGAGCCUCACUUUUAUUCGAUAUAUUUUUAGGAUGAGGAAAAGUGUUCAAUGUCGGAAACAGAGAGAAAAAUUGGCAUUGCGGGAUAACAUUCCAGCAGUGAAAACAAUUAGAGCUGUAUUUUUCUAUCGCCGUAGGGUUGAAUUAUACUUUAUUUCGGAAAAACAUAUCACCUCAUGCGUUGAAUUUUGUAUUCACUGACAAUUUUGAUCAAAUUGUAUCCAGCAUCUCGUAAUAUAUAUCUCUAUUGGCUUUCACAUUGCUUGUACUCGUGAGCUUUUGUGCUGCACUGAGCAGACAACACAACAUGUUUGAAUCAGUGACAUUCCUCGAAA